GGGAGGAUGAAGAUUUGAAGAACAAGAAGAUGGAAGCCGCUACCACGUCUAUUCACCGCCGUUUGCCCUAACCAAAUGCUCUCUCUCUCUCUACUGUCACUAUUUCUCUGUCUAUGUUUCUGUCACACACUGUCUCUCUCUUCAUAAAACCCCUCUCUCUGGUUUUUUCCCUUUCCAUUUUCUUUCUCUGCCCUCUUAUUAAUAACGCCUUAUAGUGUGCGAGUACUACUAGUAGUAGUCCUUCACGCCAAUUGCCUGUUCACUGACCAUCCUUUCCUCCCUCCAUUCCAUUCUCUCUCUGCGCCCCACACAAUGACACUCUUCCUCCAAACUUCGCUCUCCUCCUUCUUCUUCGUCUCUUUCCCAACCAUGGUAGAAUUCCCCUGUUGACCCCUCCUCCUUCCACUCCACCUUCUUCUAGCCUCUGUUUUCCCGAUUCCGGCACUGUGCUUCGUGGGUCGGUGGAGAAAGAAAUGGACGGAAAUGGGUUCUUCUUCAUCGGGCGAGCGAAGCUUCUCUCCCGGCGUUUUCUGGUGCUCGGAGCUUUUCUGUUUCUGGUUCUCUGCCCUCACGCUUCCUCACUCAACGACGAAGGGAGAGCUCUGAUGGCGAUCAAGGGGUCGUUCAGCAAUGUGGUGAAUGUUCUUUCCGACUGGGGCGAUGUCCAUAACGAGGAUUUCUGCUCAUGGCGUGGAGUGUUGUGCGACAAUCUCACACUCUCUGUUGUUUCUCUGAACUUGUCGAAUUUGAACUUGGGCGGUGAGAUUUCUGCUGCCAUUGGGGACUUGAGGAACCUGCAGUCUCUGGACCUUCAAGGAAACAAGCUGUCGGGUCAAAUCCCAGAUGAAAUCGGAAACUGUGGUUCCCUUUUUCAUCUGGAUCUAUCCUUCAACUUGCUCUAUGGAGAUAUUCCAUUCUCCAUAUCUAAGCUGAAGGAGCUAGAAUAUCUAAACUUGAGGAACAACCAGCUCGUCGGCCCUAUUCCUUCCACUCUGACGCAGAUUACUAAUCUCAAAACCAUGUCAGUUCUCUUCUUUACAACAUUGUGUCGUGUUUUCUCGCUCGAAAUUUCACUAAAUCGUUACCCUUCUGCCUCCAUUUCCAGUGACCUUGCUCAGAAUCAGCUCACCGGCGAGAUACCCAGAUUAAUCUACUGGAAUGAAGUCCUGCAGUACCUUGGGUUGCGUAGUAAUUUUCUGACCGGAACGCUGUCCCCUGAUAUGUGCCAACUCACCGGCUUGUGGUACUUUGAUGUGAGAUGCAACAAUCUAACUGGAACCAUCCCUGAUAGCAUUGGCAACUGCACAAGCUUCGAGAUACUGGACAUAUCAUACAACAUGAUCACAGGGGAGAUACCUUACAACGUUGGCUUCCUGCAAGUAGCUACUCUGUCACUGCAGGGUAACAGGCUCACUGGGAAGAUUCCUGAGGUCAUUGGUCUAAUGCAAGCACUUGCUGUUCUGGAUUUGAGCGAGAACCAGUUAGUCGGACCGAUCCCACCGAUCCUUGGCAAUUUGACUUACACGGGCAAAUUGUAUCUCCAUGGAAACAAACUGACUGGACCAAUUCCUCCAGAACUUGGGAACAUGUCCAAACUUAGUUACUUGCAACUGAAUGACAAUGAGUUGACUGGUGGCAUUCCCCCUGAACUUGGCAAGCUGGAACAAUUGUUUGAAUUGAAUCUUGCCAACAACAAGCUGGAAGCCUCCAUUCCUCAUAACAUAAGCUACUGUACCGCAUUGAACAAGUUCAAUGUUCAUGGCAAUCGCUUGAAUGGAACAAUCCCUCCAGGUUUCAGAAACUUGGGGAGCUUGACUUACCUGAAUCUUUCGCGGAACAACUUCAAAGGAAAAAUUCCUUUCGAGCUUGGACGCAUUGUCAACCUCGAUACGCUGGAUCUGUCAAGCAAUAGCUUUUCUGGGCCUAUACCAGCUUCGGUUGGAGAUCUGGAGCACCUUCUGAUACUGAACUUGAGCAAGAACCAUCUUGGUGGACCAUUGCCAGCUGAAUUUGGUAACCUUCGCAGCAUUCAGAUAAUUGAUGCUUCUUUCAACAAUGUCACUGGAACCAUUCCUAUUGAACUUGGUCAGCUGCAAAAUGUUGCUUCCUUGAUUCUGAACAACAACAGCCUGCAUGGACAGAUUCCUGAACAACUUUCCAACUGUCUCAGCCUCACCAAUCUGAACUUCUCUUAUAACAACUUAUCAGGGAUCGUUCCACUGCUUCGAAACUUUUCUCGAUUCCCAGCUGACAGCUAUGUGGGCAAUCCAUUGCUCUGCGGGAACUGGGUUGGCUCUAUAUGUGAUCCUUACACCGUAAAAUCGAAAGCAAUAUUCACAAUGCCUGCAGUUGUCUGCAUAGUGCUGGGUGCCCUUGCUCUACUAUCUGUGGUCGCAGUUGCUAUCUACAAAUCCAAGCAACAGAACCUGUUGGAUGAUGCCACCAACAAUUCAUUGCAAGGCCCUCCAAAACUAGUAGUGCUUCACAUGGACAUGGCAUUCCACACCUUCGACGACAUACUGAGCUACACCGAGAACUUCAAUGAGAAAUUCAUCAUUGGCUGUGGAGCUUCUGGCACAGUGUUCAAAUGCAUGCUGAAAAAUUCUCGGCCCCUGGCAAUCAAGCGACUCUACAACCACAAGUACCCCUACAACCUUCGUGAGUUCCAAACCGAGCUCGAGACCAUUGGCAGCAUUCGUCACAGAAACAUUGUCUCUCUCCAUGCAUACGCAUUGUCACCUUCUGGCAACCUCCUCUUCUACGACUACAUGGAGAACGGCUCUCUCUACGACCUCCUUCAUGGCACUGCAAAGAAGGUGAAGCUCGAUUGGGAUACACGUAUCAAAAUCGCAGUUGGCACUGCUCAGGGACUUGCUUAUCUUCACCAUGACUGCAACCCCAGAAUCAUCCACAGGGACGUUAAGUCGUCGAACAUUCUUCUCGAUGAGAACUUCGAAGCUCAUCUCGCUGAUUUCGGUAUUGCGAAAUGCCUCCCGACGGCGAAAUCUCAUGCAUCGACGUUGGUUCUCGGGACUAUCGGGUACAUUGACCCUGACUACGCGAGAACUUCUCGUCUGAAUGAGAAGUCCGAUGUCUACAGCUUUGGCAUCGUUCUUCUGGAGCUUCUCACUGGGAAGAAGGCUGUGGAUAACGACUCCAACUUGCAACAACUGAUCAUGUCCAAGGCUGAUGACAACACGAUAAUGGAAGCUGUGGACUCUGAAGUUUCAGUAACUUGCAUGGAUGUAAGCCAUCUCAGGAAGACACUGCAACUGGCUCUGCUGUGUACGAAGACAAACCCUUCCGAGAGGCCGACAAUGCAUGAAGUUGUGAGGGUGUUGGUCUCAUUUCUGCCACCUCCGCCGAUGAAGGGCUGCUCGCUCUCGUCGAAGGAUAUUGACUACUCGAAGUUCCUUGCGGAGAAAGGCGAGAAGCAACGUGGUGGAUCUGUUCUACAACAGCAGCCGCAGCAUCAGCAGCAGUUGCAGCAAGAGAACAACUCGUCUGAUGGUCAGUGGUUUGUUAGGUUCAGAGAAGCUAUAUCUAAGAAUACGUUUUAGUUAGUUUGCUACUUUGCUUAAAGUAGUUUAGGGUAUAACCAAGCCAGUCGAACGUUUGGUUUUUAAACUAGGGAGGAGAAAGUAAAUGAAUAGUGCCCAAAUUUUGGCUUUCGGAAAGGUAUGAUGUUGAUUCAUGGGUUCUGUACUUCGACCCUGGUUUUAGGCUGGGAACCAGCCUCGGGUAUUGGUUUUUGUAGUUGGGUGGACCGUGGCGUCUGAACUGGUUUGGUUUUUGGUAGGUUCAAUUAUCUUAUACAGGCAGUUGUAGAAACUUACUUUUCAGCCUGUUGAAAUUUACACUUGGUAUUAACUUGUGAACAAAAUGGCCACCAGCUUACAUUGAACCUUUACACAGAUGAACUCGCCCAGCCACUGAGCUAAUGGCUUUAGCAGUGAAGUAAUUACAUGCUUAGCUGCUUGUUCACAUCUGUUUGCGUUGAAAAUGGAAACUGCUGUGAAAGAAUUCACUGCCAUUGAAGAAAGCUACAUCCUGAAGCAACUGAUGGUUUCGAGCCAUUUCAGGAUUCCUACACUUGAUGAACUACAAAACAGAUAGCAGGAGAGCCCCCUGGAAUCCAUUUGUUGAUGGAGCUAAUCUUUUGUUAUUGUGUUAGUGAAUUGGCGUGCUAACCUGUUAUUGUUCAUCUGGUAUCCAAGUGAGGAGGCAGUGGUGUUUUCAUUUCCACAAUGGUGAAGAAUCACAGGUCCAGGCCAAUGCGGUUUCACCUAGUUCUCUUGAUUCAAGUCAUUCGGUGUGUUCUCUUUUGAGACCUUUGGUUGAGGAUGCACUUUGGUCUCAUGUCUGGUUGUAGAAUGAGGUUGAGACGCUAGGGAGAGCUGAUUAAAUGCAUCCACUGGUGGCUCAUCCAGGAACCUCCUUUUGUCCGUGCCCUUUGAUUCCUUUGUUUUCAGAGAUCGAGUUCUCCCAGGUUGCUCCUGUUUGUCUCUCAAUGGUGGACCACUUGUCAGAUCUAUUUUAUCCUUUUCAGACGAAGAUUUCGAACGGGGUAGCUUUACUCCUUGAAGUUCUGGCAGCGGC